AAUACGGGCUGAAUAGUGACGUCACUCACGUGUCUGAUGAAAUCAAAUCUUACAAUAGAGUCGUAAUUACCAUCCAAUCUACCCUGAAACGAUUCCAAAACUAAGACGAGGAAUAAUCGGAACCAAUACUUAACACAUCUACCACCCAAAAUUACUAAAAUGACUGAGGAAGAAGCGUUAUUCGAUCCUACCAUGAAGAAGAAAAAGAAAAAAAAGAAGACUGUUUUUGAUCCAGAUGCUCCAGUAGAUGGCGGCACUGUAGAGACCCCCACAGAGACAAAAGUAGAAGUGACGGAAAAACAAGAUGAAGAAGUGAAAGAAAACAAAGUUGAACUUGACUUCACUGAUGAUUUUGGAGGCAAGAAGAAGAAAAAGAAGAAGAAGGUGUUUGAUAUGGAAGAAGUGAAAGAUGCAGUACCAGAAUCAGAAGACAAAACAGAAGAAAAUGACAAUUCCACCCAAAAAGUAACAGAUACUGACCUAGAUUUAGACUUUACAAAACAGAAAAAGAAAAAACGCAAGAAGAUUACAUUUGAUGAAGACACAGCAGAUAAAAUGGAAACCGAAGACAAAGAUGACGAUGGUACAGAUUUCAUAGAUUCAUCAGGCCCAGCGUGGUCAGGCUCAGACAGAGACUACACAUAUGAUGAGCUUCUAACUAGAGUAUUUGAUAAGAUGCGGGAAAAGAAUCCAGAUAUGGUAGCUGGAGAGAAAAAACGCUUCGUUAUGAAACCACCACAAGUCAUGCGAGUCGGCACUAAGAAGUCCUCAUUCUCAAAUUUUGCAGAAAUCUGUAAAGCGUUACACAGACAACCUAAACAUCUUCUAGCCUUCCUUUUAGCUGAGUUAGGAACCAGUGGUUCCAUAGAUGGUAUGAAUCAGCUCAUAAUAAAAGGCAGAUUUCAGCAAAAACAAAUAGAAAAUGUGCUUAGGAGAUAUAUAAAGGAAUAUGUGACUUGUCACACCUGUAGGUCACCUGACACAAUUUUACAAAAAGAUACCCGUUUGUUUUUCCUACAAUGUGAAACGUGUGGUUCUCGCUGUUCUGUGGCUAGCAUCCAAUCAGGAUUCAAGGCUGUGACGGGAAAACGUGCCGCCAUCAGGGCUAAGACGUCAUAAAAUGAGACAAUUCAAAAACUGUAUCGUGUUUUAUAGAAUAAUUUAAUUAACUAUAUACAUAUGCAUAUGGAGGCAAUGAAUAUGGACACUCUCAGAAAACAAUGUUUGUGCAAAACCAGCCAGACUUUCAUCAUUUCAUUAAGAUUAUCACGACAUGGUGACAAUAAGUUCUGUUGAGAUCUUUUUUCCAUGUAAAUGUACAUGCGUUUAGUAUUCUAGGGCACACUAUCAUGUGAUUAAGGUAUCUCUUGAUAUGUAAUAAUAAUGAUGCUACAUGAAAAGCCAUUGCAAAAUAAGCUAAGCAAUAGCAUGGUAUUUAAUUAUUUUAUAAAGUUACUAAAUUACUUUAUCAUGAUACAAAAAAUACUGGAUGAAAAUACUAGAUUACUAACAUUAUUUGAAAUCUCUGAAAAUAUUUUCAAAAUUACAGGUAGUUUAUGAAGUGUUGUCUCAUCAAAC